AUGUCCAGCUUUUUCCAGUUCACACAAGGCACAGAGUCUCGCGUCCGACCAAACGACUCAUCGCCCUUACUGGGACGAUUCCGCGCUGUACCUCCGCGACCCGGUCUUACACAACGUCGAUCCAGCCAGCUUGGGUUGCUGUCGGACCGGAUAUCGGGAUUGAGCGAUGGCAGGGGCAGCGUGCACGUUGGAUACGGCGCCAUGGUGGCUGCACAACUAUCUGGUGGGGAUGACGACGAUGCGAUAGACGACGACUACGACGACGACGUGUCCAUGUGGGAAAAGGUUUGGCAUGGAUGGGUCAUGGACUUGUGGGUGGAUCCGAAGCAGCUUGCGGUCAAGAGGACGGUUGAUCGGUGGUGGAGUAGAUAUGGAUUGCUGGUGUUUUUGCCGGCUGCUUUGGCGGUUGCCUGGUGCGCUGUACCUUUUCCACAGUACCCCCUACCAGACAAUGACAAUGGUUCUGGCCACGACCCAAAGGACGGGAAAGAAAAGCACCCGGGCUACGGCUCUGCCGAAGUUGAAGUCAACUUUUGGUUCUUUCUCUUCGUCUACUAUGGAUUUUAUAAUAUCACGGCCUUGAUAUGGAUCACCAAGGUCUUCAACUUGUAUAGCCUCAACUGGUGGCCCAAGUCGCUGGGGUUCCCACUGACCGUCUCACUCAUCGCCAUCUUGUCCAUCGCCGUGCCUAUUCCCAUUUACUACAUACCCGAGACGCGUUGGCUCACCAUGCACAACACGUCUUGGAUUUCAUGGACUUUCAUCAUCAUGGCCACGCCUGUCGCCAUCGCCUUCCUCAUCCUCAUGACUAAUGAGAGACACAUUGGCCUGCGGCACUCAUUGUCUGAAACCCAACGUAUUUUCACGACGUCCUGGUGGACUGGUGAACCAGAUACGUUGCCUUCACGACGGGAUCGACGGCGACGAAACAACUUUUCCUCGGACAUUCUAGAACCAGAUAUGCUGCACGUGAACCCUCCCUUACGUGCACAAGGAGUAGCCGUGAGACGACGGUGGCUACCGGCAAGUUUUGUGAGAUUUCUCUGGUUUUGUGUUGCAUUAUUCGUCGGACUCAUGGUCUAUGUCAUUGGAGAGGCAUAUGCUGAGCUGUAUAUGCAAACCCUGCCACAUAACAAUCUAGAGACGGUUGUCUAUGUCUACGGAUGGGUUGCCACGGUGCAUCUUUUGGAUGCUUUGACGGGUUGGGUACUGGGUAUCCGUGAGGGCGAGCGAGUCGGAAGUUACCCUCUGAGUUGGGUCUUUAAGCUGUGCGUCAUUCUCAAGGUCCCUGAGCUAUACUUUAUGCUGACCUACCAGACCUACGUGCGCGCCUUGUAUGCCCGACUUCGCUCCCCGCAACAAUUUCUCAUCCUCCAAAUACUCUCGUCCACGUCCCUCGUCGUCAUCACGCCCAUCAUGAUGACGCGCUCCUUUCACCGCAUCCUGACUGUCCUCGGUCUGAACGGUCUCAGCUACGGGUCAUACCAGAAACUUCAAACGCGUAACGUUUUCAUCCGAUUCCUCGCGGAAAACUCAUCCAUGGCUACCUUCUUAGGUAGCGUUGCCGUUUUGCACUACGGCGCCAACAAAGCCGUGUAUCCGUAUUUUGCGUUCGACAAAAAAAUCGGCGAGCCGUACGACUUCAAACUGACUUUUACUGCGUCAUCAAUCACCUGGGCGUGCGAGCUGGUUGCCAGUCUAGCCGUACGGCUGCUCAUCAGGCUCUGCUUUCAAGUGGACGUUGGGCUAGAGGGCAAGUUGGAUUUUACGGUGUGGCCGGAACUCCUGCCGACCUGUGUGGCGGUUAUGCUGCAUGUUUUGCAAAACAUGCUGUUUUCUAUUAUACGUCUACAAUUCCAUUGA